AUGACACAAGAACAAGUUCCGACUUUCAAGCUUGUACUCGUUGGUGAUGGUGGCACGGGGAAAACGACAUUUGUAAAGCGCCACUUGACUGGCGAGUUCGAGAAGAAAUAUGUUGCCACUCUUGGGGUAGAAGUACAUCCAUUAACUUUCCACACGAAUUUCGGAGCAAUUUGCUUCAACACAUGGGAUACCGCUGGCCAGGAGAAAUUCGGCGGGCUUCGUGAUGGUUAUUAUAUUCAGGGACAGUGUGCAAUUAUCAUGUUCGAUGUAACGUCAAGGAUCACAUAUAAGAAUGUCCCGAAUUGGCAUCGAGAUUUAGUUCGCGUGUGUGAAAACAUCCCCAUUGUCCUUUGUGGCAAUAAAGUUGACAUAAAGGAACGUAAAGUCAAAGCCAAAACUAUUACAUUUCAUCGAAAGAAAAAUCUUCAAUAUUACGAUAUCUCAGCUAAAAGCAAUUACAACUUUGAGAAACCAUUUUUGUGGUUGGCCCGUAAAUUAAUUGGUAAUCCUAAUUUGGAAUUUGUCGCUUCACCCGCCCUUGCACCGCCCGAAGUCACAGUGGAUCCAAAUCUUAUGGAUCAAUAUACUAAAGAAUUGGAAACGGCUGCUUCCAUGCCACUUCCCGAAAAAAUACAAGAAAUUAAAGAAAGAAUGGGAUUAUUGAACUUGGAAGAACAGCUCACUUUCUACGGACAGUAUCACAACAAUAGAAUCAAUAUAUUAAUUCAUGUUGUUUGUGUUCCACUUCUUCUGUGGAGUGGUCUAAUUUGGGCGUCGAAUUAUGGGAAAUUGGAAAAACAAGAUUCUUUAUGGAGCACAAUACCACUUGAACCUAACUUUGCUUUAUAUACGGCACUUUUUUAUUCUUCGUAUUAUAUUUUGAUGGAGCCAGUUGCAGGGUUAUUAUAUACCCCGCUCUUACUAUAUAUGGCAUAUAACGCUACCCAAUUUGCCGCCAAAUAUGAUAAUCAUAACAUUCUGGCUGCCUAUGUUCAAGUUGCAGCUUGGCUCGCGCAAUUCAUCGGACAUGGAUUUGCGGAAAAACGAAGUCCAGCAUUAAUUGAUAACAUUGCACAAGCUCUUUUACUUGCCCCAUUAUUUGUUUGGUUGGAAGUUUUAUUCUUUUUUGGAUAUCGAUCUGCACUCCAGCAACGCAUUAGUGAUAAAGUGCAAGCUGCGAUUGCCGAGUUCAAGUUACGAAAACAGGAAUCAUCAAAGAAAGUUGAGUAG